GUGAGGUGUUGGAGGAGGACGUACAAGGAACAAGGACAGGUACUUCAUCGCUGUUCCGGUAGUGUACUAUAAAGGUUAUAUUUGGUUGUUUUACCUGUAUUAACGUUAUGGUUAAACAACCCAAUAGAGUCAGUUUCCUGAGAUCAGAUUCCCUCAGAAGGACGUGAUUCAUCUACAUUUUGGGGGGAGGGGGGGUGCAUAACAUCUGACGGAUUUUUCUCCUUGUUCAUCGUUAUUUUUGGCGUAUGCGUCUGUUCAUUGCCUAAUGUAUUGGAAAGAAAUUUUGUAGCACCCAUGGUAUGAAAAAUCGGUGAUGCCUUAAAACAGUACGACGUUGUAUUCAGUACAACAUUAAAGCUUUCAUAAGUGAAUGACAACAACCCAUAGUUAAUUGUAGAACACGAAUGGUCUUUCUAUACGCAGAGACGACACUGCAGUGACUUGCGACUUGCAUUGAAUAUGCUUCUCAUCUAAAGUGCCUCAAAAGCCUGUGACACCAUCUAUUUAUACUUCUAAAUUACCUCCUCGGACAAAUAUUGAUCAGAGAACCAUUGAACAACUAGAAAGAAUUUCAUUAGUAGAUUUUGCAAAUGAAAGAGGCAUAGAGAGAUUGGAAGAAGCUAUUGCUUUUGCAGAUCAAAUAUGUGCCGUUGAUACCACAGGUGUUGAGCCUAUGACCUCAGUUUUGGAAAACAGAUGUCUCUACCUUCGAGAAGAUGAAGUAACUGAAGGUAACUGUCGUUCAGAAAUACUGGCUAAUGCCUCAGUUACUGAGGAAGAAUAUUUUGUUUCACCUCCUGGAAAUAUUCCACUGGAACCCAAAACAAGUGCUUUGCGAAACAAGUAGUUCAACAUGUUGCAGCGUAUAGAAAAGAUAUUAGGAAUUUGUGACAGACACUUUUUUGCAAGAUUCUCUGUGAACAAAUCGCUUAGGCAUUUAAAACUUGGACCUCCUGGAGAACUUCUUCGCAACAAUAUUUACCAAGAACGGGUAUUAACUGAUCUUAUCAGAACAGAGAAUGUAUUUCCAUACAAUUUUACUGGAUCUUUAUCGGGAAAUAUUAGUGAACUAAUUGAACCAUUCACUCAUGCAAAACUAUGUACUUCUGACCAUUUACCAUUUGGCAUUGCUGUCCAGACAUCGGGUGUAGAUGUAUGUGAUAGUGACCACAAAGAACUUGAAUGUGAUGAUAAUCAAACUAUAUUGAAAACAUAUAUGUUUCUUAAUCCUGAAAAUAGCACACAGUAUUUUGAUGAAUGGCAACAAUCUCAAAAAGCAUGGUGGACAAAGAUUUCAGCUUGCCCAGGACGUUUCACCCUUACUGACGUGCAUAGUCAGAACAGUUCAAGUCAAGUUCAAAUCCUUGCUGAUUUUGGAUGGGGAAAACGUGUGGUAGAAACAAUCUGUUUGAACACAUCUGGAAUGUUUGAUUCUUUGGAUUUAGAUACUAGACACAUUUUUCAACUCAAGCAAGGGCGUAAAAAAAUCUUUCCUGACAUUUUAAUUAGUUCUUUUAGUCUUGAAAAUGCUGUAAUCACUUUUUUGUGUGAUGCUUAUGAUGAAUCUACAAGUAUGAAUCUCUCAAGAAAAGUGAUGAGAUUUCAUCGAAAAAUUGCACCCUACAAAGCUAGUUUCUCCAUAUCUUCCUCUACCACAUCUACUUGCUCUGAUCUUUGUGAAUUAGCUGAAUUUUUAACAAAGCAGUUGCGAUCUGUGGGAAUCUCAACUCUCUUGUUGCCUGAUGCUUCAAAGAAGUCUCUAGAAUCACAAUUUGUUCGAAAUGAUGAGAUAGGAAUACCAUACACUGUGGUAAUGAAUGAUUCCACUCUUAAAAAUGGAAUUAUUGCUUUGAGAAGCCGUGAUACAACUUUGAAAGAGCAAGUUCAUAUAACUGAAUUAAAGAAGUACAUGCUGCAGCUGUAUAAGAACUAUUAAUGCAAGAAAUGGAAAGUGUUUUGUGACAAAAUCUUACUGAGAUUUAUGAAGAAUGGAGGAAUUUAUUGGACCAAGUAGGAGAAUCAGAAUUUUCAUUAACUGUGAGAAAAAUGAAACUAAAUUUAUCAGUGACAAAUUAAAAUAAAGAAUAGUGCGAAAGAAUGUUGGGAUUGAAUGAUUCAAAAUAAAUGUGGAGUGAAUUAAUGAUGACACAAUCCCGAGAUUUAUGGAGGAUAAACACAAUUGCCAAAACAUCCACGUUUUUUGAAAGAAAUUUCACUUUCAAUACGAGGAAUAUGGGACUAAUAAAUGAUUAUUACACAUUUUAGUGAAUGUGAAAAUUAAAUUUAAGAAGUGUUAUGAUUGUUAUAUUUUUUUUGUAUUUAUAUUCUUCAAAAUUAAAACAUAUUUCUGGAAGCGAAUGCCUUAUUAUUUUGGGUUUGCAAUUUGAUCUAUGAUCAAAUGAGUAGGAAAUCAUUAUUCUUAAUUUUCAAUGUACACCUAAUAAUUUAGGAAAUAUUUUCUCUUAACAUUUUUAAUCUCUUCAUUACUAAUCUGUAAAAUAAUUUUGUUAUUUCCUCCAAUGUGUCUAGUUCGUCUCCGUGUUAUCAAGUCCAUGCUAAAAAUAAAAUAUUUUCUAAAACUGAGAUAAUUCAAUAAAUUAAUAUAUGAAGUGGAACAAUCAAGAUAUGAAUAAAAGUCUAUCGUUUAACCCUUGCA